AUGGCGAUCGCCCGCAGCGGCUCGCAUUUGUGUGCGUGCCGCUCCCUCUCUCACGCUCCGUCGCCGCCACCGCAGUUUGUCAAGUGCGGCUUCGCGGGCGACAACUUCCCUACGCACAUCUUCCCGUCGAUUGUCGGCCGGCCCAUCCUCCGCGCCGAGGAGAAGGUGGGGCAGGUCCAGCUCAAGGACAUCAUGGUUGGCGACGAGUGCACUGCGGCACGGGACAUGCAUGGGCAGCCUAGAUGUCUCCUCUGCGAUCCGUCUGCCGGCAAGCGCCGCUUGCACAACGCUGGAGACGUCGUGCCCAAUCACGAACGGGGUCGUGCAGCGGUGGGAGGACAUGUGCCACCUCUACGACUACACCUUUCGCGAGAAGCUGAAGAUCGACCCCACGGAGCACAAGAUCAUGCUGACCGAGGCGACCGCGAGGCCCUCGUCGAGACGAUGUUCGAACAGUACAACUUUGCGCGCGUGCACUGCGCCAUCCAGGCGGUGCUGGCGCUGCAGGGCUCGCUCACCGGCGAGGUGGUCGACUCUGGCGACGGAGUGACGCACAUCGUCCCGGUCUACGAGGGCUACGCGCUGCCCGCUAACAUCCGCCGCCUUGACGUCGCGGGCCGCCACAUGACCGAGCACCUGAUCAAGCUGCUGCUGCUGCGCGGGUACACCUUCAACCGAUCCGCAGACUACGAGAGACGGUGCGCGAGAUGAAGGAGCAGGUGCGGCACUCCCUGCCUCCCCGUGUCUGCAGCUUGGCGUCUUGUGCCCCGUGUGUGCCGCGUCCUGUGCCCCCGAGUUCCUCUUCACGAGGGGCAGGUUUGCUACGUGGUACGACCACCGUGAUGG